CCGCGUCCCUCUCACACUGAGCAUCACUGAAAGAGCGGUAACAACUAGCGUUAAGUACCUCCCCGUACCAGCUUCUGCUGAGCGUCCGUCCCGUUACUGCCCGCUCUUCUGCUUACAUCGGUGGAUGUAAUGGGCCCUGCUGGUUCUGGGAAACUUCACCGCUUCAGUUAUGCGCUCUGUUCAGCGAGUCGUGGACGCUUAGGAUAAGAUCGAGUGGACUUUUCUCUGGAGAGGCGGCGGUGAGCAGUUAAACGAUCCAGUUUGUUCUGCAGUAUGUGGUGGGAUGGAUGAAGAGGAGCAGAACCGUUAUGUGGCUCAACUAAAAGAGGAAUUUGAUAGCUGUGAUACCACAGGCACUGGUUACCUUGACAAAGAGGAGCUGACUGCACUGUGCCAUAGACUGAGUUUGGAAGCCCACCUCCCACUGCUGUUGGACACCCUUUUAGGACCACAGCAUUAUGCAAGGGUCAAUUUUGAAGAAUUCAAGGAGGGAUUUGUGGCUGUGUUAUCCAGAUCAUUGGACUUGUCCACCUCUGAAGAGGAGAGCAGCUACCUUGAACCAGCAGUCCCAGAGGAGGUGAAGCCCAAGUUUGUGAAGGGGACUAAACGCUAUGGACGCAGAUCACGGCCUGAUAAGACUGCUUCUGUGCUGACAACAGACUUGAAAGACUCCCUGCCAUUUGGGAAGGAGCAGGAUGAGACCCUUGCUAUGGGUGUGAGGAGGGCAAAGCUCAGACGCUCCACCUCAUUAGAGAGUGUUGAGAGUCUGAAGUCUGAUGAAGACACCGGGAGCAACAAGGAGUCUAUUCAACACUCUUUUGAGGCACAAGGUCAGUUAAAACGCUGGAAGCCAGACAGCUCAGGAAAUCCCAAGAACUUUACUGCUCCAUGUCAGGAAGUGACUGAUGGGCAGGUGAAGGCUGUGUGGGAGGAGCUGGGGGUCGGUAAUGGUGGAUCACUGAACAGGCAGGAGUUAUCACUGGUCUGUGACCACAUCGGCCUCAAGGAUCUGCAGUCUGAGGAGUUAGAUGCUCUCUUCAGAAAACUGGACAAAGACCAGGAUGGGAAAGUGAGCCUUAGUGAGUUCCAGAGAGGUCUGUUCAGACAUGGAAACCCACCUGCACCUACUGCUGCAUCCACCCCCAUCCGGGCUAACACUCAGCGUGUAUUCUCACAGGCACUUGAGGAGCGAUUGGUGCGUUCCACCUCACCCUCACUGUUGUCAGCUACGGUGGGACAGAGGCUGCUGACUCGACUGGACGAUGGCUCAGGCUGCACCAGCCCAGACAGAGUCAUCGCUUUAUGGACUGAGGAAGGGAUUCGCAACAGCAGAGACAUCCUACAGACCCUGGACUUCCCUUUGGAGGAGCGACUGAGCCUUGCUGAGCUAACUCUGGCCUUGGAUAAUGAACUGCUGGUCAGCGGCAAUGGCAUUCACCAGGCUGCCCUCAUCUCCUACAAGGAUGAAAUCCAGUUCCUACAAGAGCUGGCACAGCAGGCCUGUCAGGAGCGAGACAAGGCUAAGACAGACUUGGAAUUGGCUGACCGUCGAAACCUCCAGCUGGUCAGAGAGAUUGAUGACCGUCAUGCCACCAUGGAAUCACUUAAUGAGUCUAAAAUCAAGGAUUUGGAGCAGGACUUCAGGGAUAAGCUGACUGCACUGAGGAGUGAGACAGAGCAGGAGAAUGAGGUGCUGCUACAGCAGGUGGAGAAAGAGAGAGUAAAACUAAAGGAAGAACUGGAACUCCUCAAGGCCCAAGAGGCCACUCUGCAGGAAGAAGCCGCCACUGCCAUUAAGGAGAACUGCCGCUUGGAGGAGGAGAUGUGUGCUCUGAAGGGGAAGCUGUCUGAAUCAGAAAGCACUAUCUCUAAACUGAAGAAGGAGCUAGACCAUAUGCUACAGGACAAGUAUGGUUUAGACACAAACAGCACCGGACUAAGCCAGGAGGAGCGUCUCUCAGGGAUCAUAAAUGAGUACGAACUUCAGUGCAGGGACUUGCAGGACAGGAAUGACGAGUUGAGCUCUGAACUGGAAGCAUUGAAGAAUCAAGGCUCAGGAAGGAGAAGCAGACGAUCCAGGGACAGCUUCUGCACUCAUACCUGGUCCAGCCGGAGAGCACUGACCACUGAAUCUGAUUCUGAUGAUCCUGAAGUAAAAAGAGUCACAUCUCCUCAGGUCAAGAAAGGCACUGACAAGAAUGUCUUGGGCUCUUUGGAUAGUUUGACCCCCACUGUGAGCAUUGAAACUGAGCUAGCCAUGGAGCAACUGAAGGAGAGGUAUGAACAUCAGGUCCAGGAUCUGAAGAUCCAGCUGGAGACCAAGGUGAAUUUCUAUGAGCGCACCAUAGAGCUGAUGAAGCAGAACAUGGAAGUUGAGAGGAAAGAGAUCGCACAGAGCUACAAGAUGGAAAUCAGUGAGCUAGAGGAACAGAAGACCCAGGCAGAGGAAAGACUAGAGCAGCUGCGUCAGACUGUGGAAAGGCUAGAGGGGGAACUAAGGGUUAAGGGUGAUGGUGUGGCCUGGGGUCCUGAGCAGGAGCGCCGGGCUCAGCGGGAGCAGGCCGAACUGGAGCAGAACUACGCUCGAGAGAUCAGCAACAUUGUGCAUCGGCUAACCUCGGAGAAAGAUCAACAGGAGGCAGAGCUUAAGCUGAAGAUGGACCAGGAAGUGCUGCUUGUUAGGGAGCAGAUGGAACAACAGUUAUCGCAAAUGAAGUUGGAAUCUAUUGAGGCUCAGCGCAGCCUGCGGCAGCAGCUGCAAAAGCAGACUGAGCAGCACUGCAGGGAGAUGGGGGCAUGGGAGGCUAGAGUACAGGGGCUGGAGCAGGAAUUGCGCAAGGAGCGCCUUCUCAGUGCUGAGCGUUUGGGAGAAGAGCAGGCUCAGAUUUGCAGCAGCGCUGCUCGAGAGAGGAAGACACUGGAAGAGAAGCACCAGGAGGAGGUCCAGGAGCUGAAGGAGUGUAUCUGCAGGAUGCAGGCUGAGGCUGAAGUGGAGUCUAAAGCUGAGGAGGAGUUGCUCAAUCUACAGAGACAGCUAGAGAAGAAGCUAGAGGAGAUGUGUGUUCAACUGGAAGACAACACCAUCUCAAUGAAAGCCCAAGAUGCCCUAAUCCAAAAUUUGACCACAGAGCUGCAUGCCAAAGAGAAGGAACUGGAUAUUAAGAAAGAGAGAGAGCAAAAGCUUCUCGGUAAAGUGUCUCAACUAGAGCACAAGCUCAAUUUGGAACAAGAAAGGAAGAGGAAGCUUCUUGACCAGUUUUCUCGACAGAAGGUGGAGAAAAACAAAGAAGCAGAGCAUCUCAGCAAGUUAUCCCAGCUUGAAGAGAGGCAUACAAAGUGCAAGAACAGAGAACAAGAACUUCUUGAUAAAUUGAAUCAGUUUGGACAGGAGCUAGAGAGCAUGAGAACAGAAUCUGAGACAUUGCAAAAGGAGAGGGAAAGAAUGCAGGGAAACUGCAGUCGUCUGUCCUCUGCAUUUGUCCAGCAGCAAACGCAACUGGAGGAACAAGAGAAGGAAUUGGAGCAGCUUAGAGAAAACUUGGAGAAAACACACGAUGCACUGAAAUAUAGAGAUGAAGAUUUGUCAAAACAGGCUUCUGAGCUAGAGUUUAUGGAGAGGCAUAGAGAUAGGCUUGAGCAGGAACUAAGGGAUCAAAGCAUUGCUCUAAAGAACCUUCAAGCAGAGGUUCAGAGGCUUUCUGAAGUACGGGACUAUUUGAAUGAAAUGGCUCAGAACCUGCAGGGUAUCGUAAGCCAGGAGCAAGGCAAGGUUGAUCAACUUCAGACCCUAUUAAAUUUGGAGGAAGAGGAGAAGAGCCAACUUUUACAGGAGAAGUCCACUUACUGUCGUCUUUCAGACCAGCUCUCAUCCCAGAUUGUUGAAAUGGAGGCUGAGUCAACCAAGCUCAAGGAGGACCUUAAGGAACUGAGAGUAGACAUGCAGCACAAGGACAACCAAGUACUACAACUUGGGAGACAACUGGAAGCCAAAGACAAAGAGAUGGACUUGCUCUGGAAUGAGGUACGCCAGAAGGCAGACUUCUUUCAAAAUGUAAGCCAUCUUUCUAAUGAGGUACAACUUUUGACUAGCCUGCUGGAGGACAAGGAAAAUGAGCUGUGCUCCUUGAGAGAAGAGGCAGACAACAGCACCAACCAGCUGCAGCAGUCACUGCUGGACUCCCAGACAGAAGUUCGGAAGGUGGAGGAGGCAUUUGAGCAGGAGAAGAACCGAAUGAAGGAGCAGUUACUGGAGAUGGAGAAGCUGGUCAUGGCUCUUGAAAGAGUGAUGGAUCCAGCCAGUCCACACAGAGCCCAGCUUAAUGAGGUUAAUUCUGAAAACAGUGCACUGAAAGACAGGCUGGCUGUUUUGCACCAGGAUGUGAUGAGGCUUGAAGAGGAGGUCAAUAAAAAGAGAAAGAAACUUGAGGAGAUGGAGAGGGAAUAUACAACAGUUCGGGAGGAAGUGGAGCAGUUACACAAAGAGAACUCAAAGUGUCGAGAAGAGGUUCUGGACCUGAGUACGCGAAACCUGCAGCUGAGCAACAAGAAUGCAGAGUUAAAUUCCCGCCUCCGUUCUGACCAAGGAGCAGUGCAAAUGUUGACUGAAAGACUUGCACAGGUGUCUCAAGAGCAGGAAGAGGCAGCUGUUUCCAUCAAACAGCUGCAUGAGACCUUGAGUCAGAUAGAGAGAGAGAAACUUCAACUGCAGGUCAGCAAGCAAGAAGAAAAGGAACACCUAGAAAGGGAACUAAAAGCAGCAAAGGACAAGCUCCUCCAUUUGACAGAGGUAGAGUCUGCGCUGACCAAGUUAACGCUGAAAAACCAGUCUCUGCAGCAGGACAAGGAUGGGCUGUUAAAGGGAGGAGAGGAAAGAAACAAGGAGCUUGGAAGACUUCAAGAGCAUAUGGACACUCUUGAAACCCAAACAGCACAGCUUCACUCCCAGCUCUAUUCCAUGAACAAGGAAAAGGAGGCUCACAUCCAGGAGAUAUCUGCACACCAGAUGCUACUGAAAGAAUCUCAAGAAAAGGUGCUGGAACUUGAAGUCAGUAUGCGUGAGCUUCAUAAAGAAAAGGAGCAGCUUCAGGAAAUUCACAGGAUGCAAAAAGAGGCAGCAGCAAGUUCUAUGCAGGAAGAGCUAAGGAUUUUGCGAGUACACAACCAAGAGCUUCUUGACAAGGUGGCAGUCUCAGAAUCUAAGCUGCAGAUCCAAGAGCUGGAUCUUCAAAGGGUACAACAUGAAUUCCUCACCUUAAAGAAUAAACAAGCAGAGCUGGAGACUGCCAAACACAGAGCAGAAGAACAGGCUUUAAGGGCAAACACUGAUCUGUCACUGAGCCAGGCUCAGCAUGUGCGUGAGGUACAGCAGCUUCGGGAGCAGGUAAACAUCGGCACCCGAGAGCAGCUGGUUCACCUGCAGGCCCAGCUGGCUGAGCAGCAGAGCCGAACUCAGCAGCUGGAUGAGCAGCUUCAGUCUCAGGCACAGAAGGCCAGCACUCAGCUGAGCCUUCAGCAGGAGCAGUAUGAGAAAGUGAUGGAGAACAUGCAGGAGCGGAUGGAAGAGGUGGAAGCCAAGCUAAAAAGUGUGCGGCUGAUGCUGCAGGAGAAGGUCAAUCAGUUAAAGGAACAGCUGGCUAAAAAUGCCAAGUCAGAUCUGCUGUUGAAGGACCUCUAUGUUGAAAACUCUCAGCUCAUGAAGGCUCUGCAGGUAACAGAGCAGAGGCAGAAAAGUGCAGAGAAAAAAUCUUUUCUCUUGGAAGAGAAGGUGACUGCUCUCAACAAACUCCUGCGCAAAAUUGCCCCUGCCUCGCUUUCCGCAUAAGUCACUUCGGGAGAAGGGUGGGUGGACCCUUAAUGGUACUGAACUGUGAAAUACCUGGAAUACAGAAUGAUUUCUUAGAUAAUGUAUGCUUAGUCCAAGAAGGAGGAUUUUAUCCACAGUAAGGCAGUUUACAUUCCUAGUGUGAAACCUAAAAGCAGAAUGAAUGCAAAUCACUACUCAAAUCACAACUGUAAUGCUGUCUGGGUAUUUUGCAUGAAAGACUCUAGGUUACUAUUUUGAAUAAUGUGACAGCUAGUAAAAGGUCAUAGUUAUUAUAUUAUGUCUGUUCUGAGACAAACAUGGAUGUGUACGGUAUGGAAUAUACAAGAUAACUUUGGGGUCAAGUUUGAAUUGUAAAGGGGCAACACCAUUGUCCUAGAUAGUGAUUUUUACUUUUUAUGCUUUAGUAACCUGUGAUAAAUUGUUGACUUAUGGUGGUAAAUAUUCCUGACAAAUCAAGAAGUUUUAAAAGACUAAAUGUUUGUUUAGAGGUAUCAACCAAAAGCACAGUAUUCAUCAAAUGUACAGUUUUGAUACACAUACUAUCCUUAACUUUGCACAUUUUUUGUGAUGCACUAGUGUACAAAUCUACUUUGAUGUUCCUAAGUUAUUAAGCAUUGACUGUUGCAGAACAUGUAAUUUUAUUGUAUUCUCUUCACUGUUUUUAGCAACAAAAAGGAAAAAAGACCUGUUAAGAUGUCAACAGUGAGAUGUAGACUAUCAUUGUGUAAAUCACUGUAUGCAGUUUGACAGUAAAAAAAAGUUACAUGGUA